AUGAAGAUCGAGGGCAAGGCUUUCAUCAUCACCGGUGGUGCGGGCUCGAUCGGCGGCACGGCUGCUCGCAUGAUCAUGGAGCGUGGCGGCAUCGCUAUCCUCUUCGACGUCCUCAGCCCGGAGGCAGGCACAGCGAAAGCAAAGGAGUGGCACGCCGAGCGCUGCCACUACUUCCAGGUCGACAUUGCCGAUAUGGCCAGCCUCGAGUCUGCCUGUGCUGAGGCGCUCAAGAUCAUUCCCAAAGGCUCGCUCGCCGGCGGCGUCCACUGUGCAGCAAUUGCGCCGGGCCGGAAAUGGAGCAACAAACUCUCCGAGUCGGUCCCCACCUUUGCCAAGGUUCUCAACGUCAACGUGUACGGCACAUUUGCCGUUGACGCAGCCAUCGCCGAUGCUAUCAACUCGCAGUACCCUGACGUCCAGGCCGAGACAUUCUUUCCCCGCGUCACGGAGGAGCGUGGCAUCAUCAUCAACAUUUCGUCGGCUGUUGCGCGCCCCGUCCCGGCUCGCUGCCUCACUUACGGCGUUACCAAGACUGCCGUCCUCGGCAUCAGCGGUGGCAUGGCCGACUUUCUUGGUCCCUUUGGUAUCCGUGUCUGCUCGGUCUCCCCAGCCGUUGUUGGCUCGGCACUCAUGGGCGCCGACCGUAUUCCAUACUUCCUCUCCGAGCUUGAAGCGAGCGCCAUCUUCCCCCGCCGCGUCACCGACCCCACUGAGAUCGGACACGGUAUCGUCUACCUCAUCGAGAACGGCAUGAUGAACGACUUUGAGCUCCGCAUCGACGGCGGCUGGCGCGGUUGCUCCAACUGGGCCGGCGGCGACCCACGCAAGAACGCCAUCUCCCUCGAGUAG